AUGCCUUUGCCCGUCGGCUGGUUCACUAACGAUCGGCUGCUCAACAAGCUACUCAGCCCUCACCCUCCCCAUCACUCACGCCCCUCUCAUCAUCAACAUCGCAAACGCCAAACCUCCCAGUCUCCAAACACUGUCGACUCGGAAUUCAGAAAUAACAGCUUGUCUUCCGGGGCUGGUAGCAUCGAGCAUUCCCAUGAGGAACUCUUCAGGGUGGUCCCAGAGGUUCGCAACAUCUAUUUGGCACUGGCCCUAAUCCCGGCGUUCAUCGUAAUCUUUGGCUCCUUUUCGGCGUUUGUCAAAGAAAGACUGUACAUCGGAGAAUCAAUCAUCUCAGUCGUCUUCGGGAUCAUCCUCGGGCCGUAUGUCUCCGGGGUCUUCGACCCGCGCUCAUGGGAUUCUGGGCAAAACUUCGACGAGUUGACCCUCGAACUCACCCGGCUCGUCGUCGCACUCAGCGUGUUUGCAGUCGGCGUCGAGCUACCCAAGGCGUACAUCCUUCGGCACUGGCGCAGCUUGGCCGUCUUGCUCGGCCCCGCCAUGUUGUUCGGCUGGAUCGUCAGCGGCGCAUUGAUCUACGCACUCGUCCCCGCCCUCACCUUCCUCCAAGCCCUCGUCAUCGCUGCUGCCGUCACGCCCACCGAUCCCGUCCUCGCUGCCUCAGUCGUCGGCAAGGGUAAAUACGCCCAAAAACAUGUGCCUGCCCAUCUCAGGCAUCUCCUCCAGGCCGAAUCGGGCUGCAACGACGGCGCUGCCUUCCCAUUCUUAUACUUGGCCAUGUUCCUCCUCAUGAGGCAGGAAACCGGGGUUGGAUCGGUCAUUGGACAAUGGCUCCUGCUCGUCGUCCUCUAUCAAAUACUCCUGGGAAUCCUCAUCGGCGUAGCCAUCGGGAUCCUUGCGCGCAAGACGCUCAAGUUCUGCAAACGGCGAUCGAUGAUCGACAAAGAAUCCAUGGUCGCCAUGUAUGUGGCCCUUGCGCUCCUUACAACCGGUAUCACCGCCCUGGCCGGAUCUGAUGAUUUGCUGGCUGCUUUCGCAUGCGGAGCAGCCUUCGCAUGGGAUGAUUGGUUCACCGAAUCGAUCGAAGCCUCCAACUUCUCCUCGAUUCUCGACCUGCUGAUUAACUGUACCACUUUCAUUUACAUCGGAGCCACAAUUCCCUUUUCUUCCUGGAACGACGCCAGCUUAACUUUGGUUCCAUGGAGACUCGUUGUGCUCGGGUUUUCAAUCAUUCUUCUCAGAAGGCUUCCAAUCCUUGUCAUCAUGCAGAAAAUCGUCCCCGACUUGAAAACUAACCGUGAAGCCGUCUUUUCGGGCCAUUUCGGACCUAUCGGUGUUGGAGCCCUUUUCAUCAGCACCUUGGCAACAGCCAAGCUUCCUACACCGCAGAACCCACCGCAAACGAGUCUCGAUAUACUGGCGUUGACCACUCAAUCGAUCAUCUAUUUGCUCAUUCUAUUCUCGGUGCUCAUCCAUGGCCUUUCAAUUCCAUUCUUCACCCUCGGCAAAAACGUCCACUCACGCGUUCACACUAUGACGAGAACUUGGACCCAAGCCUCCGGCAAUGAACCCAGUUGGCUUAGUCGCGUCAAACGCGUCGAGAGACCAGCCGAUAGCAAUCCUGAUGUACCCAGAUUUGAUGAGAAGGAUAUCACUGAUUCAGCAGGACUCUCACCUCCAGACCCAACAACCUCCUUGCAGCCUGGUCAGCGACAAAUCUCCGAUGACCAAAUCACCCGUGUCGGCGAUCAAAACGUCGCUGCGGAAAUGGUCGAACGUCCGUCUUUACAACAAGAGGAGCCACAAGAGAUGCGGCCGCCCUUGACGGGUAGCAUGACUGACCCAGGCUCGCAGUAUCAACGCACACCGUCGACUCGCGUUGCCAUGCUCCGUCUAGGGUCGAGAACGAAAAGGACACCCGAGGAACAAGCGGCUCGCCAGCGUGAAAAAAUGAUCCGUGAUGCGUGGUGCCGACCAGAACGAAUUGACGUUCUGAAAAAAGGCGAGGAAAGAGUUUACAAAUCUGGGCGGAGACUUGUUGUUGAGCGUGGAGACGGUGAUGAGGUUGAAGUCCACGAGCUGCCCCGAGAGUCGUCCAAGAAGUCUCUUCGUGAGCUUGCCAACCUGCAGGCUGUCCCCAAACCGCACUCUGCUGGACCCGGUCCUUCGAACCGGCAGGCUCAAGCCGGUUUGGCGCGUAGGUUCGAUCUCGCCAAGUUGAUCGGCCCACGCACUGCCAGCAAGUCAAAACUGUCGCAAGUUUCACAAGCUCAAGAUGCAGGUGAUGGGAUGCCCUUGCCUGGUCAGGGACCCAGGAGUAAAACUCUCUUCGAGCAGGAACCGAACGAUGAGGCUUCUGGUUCUUCCAAUGCACCACGUCCGCAAAACGGCAGCUCAGACCACUCUGGUCAAUCUAAGGAGGUUUGGGAUGAAGGAAGCAAGCUUGUGAUUGAGAAUAAAGAUGGCACCGAUGUGCACGUGGAAUCACAAUCUCCCCAUGAAUUGAGGUCGCCUCGCUCUCUCCCAGCCAUGGCGAUUGUAUCGGAGCAAUCAUCCUUUGCUCCAAGCCAAGCUUUAUCCAAUGAUUCCGUACCCAUCCCUCCUGCCGACGGCAAUGUUUCAGACAAGAAUCAUGAGAUUAAUCAAGACGUGGUAUCCGAAAACAUCUCACCAGCCGACCGGAACAGGUCGACUGCGAGUCAUAGGCUUCAUUCUGCGCGCCACCCUAGACGUUCGAGGCGCAAAGGGACUGCCUGGGGGCCAAGUUCACCCAGUGUACCUGCGAGAAAAUCCGUAGACUCCAUACGCCGUCCGGCCGGUGGCUCACGUACGGUCGAGUUUGCAGACGUCGAACGGCAGAGCGUUCGAACGGAUAGGAGUCGGACGAGGAGAUCUUCGCGAUCGCCUUCGCCUUCUCGGUCGAUCAGAUUUGCUGAAUAUCCAGACCGACCGUCCAAGAAAUCCUCCCGCUUCCACCACCGAAGUACCUCGACCAAAGCGUACCACAAGAACAGUGCGGGCAAGAACAAGUUAAGGUUGAAGAACUUCGUCGCUCCUGCCGUCGACAGCUGGCGAAGGUCUAGUUUGUCGAGCGCCAACCCGACGCCGACGAACGUUGAAUCCUCCCAACGAUCUGGUUACUUCCACGACUCGAUCCCCACACCGAACAAUGGAGAGUCUUCUCGACGCUCCAGUUAUUUCCAUGCAGGUGGCACUGAGGAGCCUUCUCCUCGGCCCGCCAGUCGCGCGUCGGGCCCGGCCAUCCAGAAUGACCAGAACACUCACGAUGUCUCUGCAAAAAAUGAUGAGCAGAAGUAG